CCGUAAGAGCCGCUUAGUCCAAUUUACUCUCUUUUCCACUUCCGAUUGCUAAGCGGCUGCGGUAAUGGCGUCUGGUGCUCUUCUUCUCGCCAACGCAGGAAGUUGCUCGCCGGCGGUUUGUGGGCGGUGGGGGGUAAAAUGUUCCAGUGCUGUGUCUCAUGGUCGCUUGAUUUGGAGUAGAAUGAAGGACGCUUCUUUUGUGCGCUGCGCGUAUGGGCAAAGGCGAGCCGUGGCUGAACUUUCGAAAGACGUAGUAGCUGUUUCAAUGGGAGGGGAAGGGCAGAAAGGUUGGGUUCAUUUUGUAGGCAUCGGGGGCUACGGAUUGUCCGCGCUUGCCAUGCUUGCUCGUAAACAGGGAUUCGAGGUAAGUGGGUCAGAUAUUAAUUGGAACAUCCGCAUGGAUGACUUGCAUAAUGCUGGGGUAAAUGUAUACUUGGGCCAUUCGAUAGCUUGUUUGGAAAACAAAACUGCUGGAAAGCCGCCAGAUGCAAUUAUAAUCUCAAGCUCUAUUCCAAAAGAUAAUGAGGAGGUUUUACACGCAGAGUCAAUGGGAACCCCAAUAUAUAAGAGAGACUCCUGGCUUCAAAAAAUCACUGAACACUACAAUCUGAUUGCUAUCGCUGGUACACACGGAAAGAGUACCACAACAGCAAUGCUCUCGUAUGUUCUAAAUGCUAUGGGGGAUGAUCUUAUUGCAGUUAUUGGAGCUAAUGUUCCACAACUUUCAGAAGGAAAUAUAAUUCCUGGGAAUGGUCCUAAUUUUGUCCUGGAGGCUGAUGAAUAUGAUUGUUGUUUUCUUGGGUUAUCACCUUCUAUUGCGGUUGUAACCAAUGUGGAGUGGGAGCAUGUUGAUUUAUUUGAUGAUGAGGAGCAUGUACGAUCCAUAUUUAGGAAGUUUGUGCAACAAAUCAAGAGUGGUGGGCAUCUUAUCUUGUGUGGGGAUGGUGCAGGUGCAUAUUCUUUGUUGAGGGAUUGCAAACCAAAAAAUCUUGCAAGCAAAGGCAUAAGCCCAAGCACACUUGUUUCAGAUGCUGGCCAUUCUGUAACAACGUAUGGACUGUCAAGUAAAAUGGAUUGGCGUGCUUCUUCAAUCACACCCAAUUCACAAGGAGGUCAGGAUUACAUAUUGCUUCACAAAGAUUGCCCAAUAGCAGAGGUUAGCCUGAGGCUUCCUGGGGAUCACAACGUUCUCAAUUCUUUAGCAGUUAUCGCCACAAUUUCUAACUUGAUGAAAGAUGGAGACAAUGUUUACGACACCAUCGACUCGGUUAAGUACCACUUGAGCAAAUUUGAAGGCAUUUCCAGAAGAUUUGAUUUCAUCGGUGAAGUGAAUGGAUGCCGCGUAUAUGAAGACUAUGCCCAUCAUCCAACAGAGGUCCGUGCCACACUUCAAGCUGCGAGGCAACAGUUUCCCUUUCAGCCUUUGUGGGUUGUAUUUCAAGCGCAUUCCUUCAGUCGUAUUGCUGCCCUCAUGAAAGAUUUUAGCACUUCCUUCAAUUAUGCAGAUUAUGUAAUUGUAACUGAGGUUUAUUCUCCUAGAGAGAAAGAUGAAGGUAAGGAUUAUGGGAUGGAGCUAGCAACUACAAUCAGUGGCCCAGCGUCUGAAUAUAUUCCUAAAAUGGUGGAUGUGCUCGAGAAAUUAGUGCAUGACAUAUCAGCACGAAGAAAUGAAGAAACUGUUGUUUUCACCAUUGGAACCAACAAUGAAAUGGCAGCCCUGGGGCCAAAACUCUUGAGAAGGUUGCAGGAAAUAUCAUGAAAUAUUCAGCAGAAAAAAAAGUGAGGGAUUAUGAAAUGGUGGAAAAUUUGAGCUUCAGUUAUAGAUUCUAAGUUAUUUGGCUGCUUAAUCUUGUUUGGUCUUCUGAAGCCAAAACAUUGUUGGACAUUCAAACAAUGUUUAAUAGUUCAGCAGGAUGCAGAAUUCCUAAUUUUUCUCCAUUGUACUUUAUUUAACUGUAAUAAAUCUCAAUUUGUUGCACUUGUGAGCAAAGAUGUUCAUUGAUUUUAAUAAUAUGAGAAUUUGUGGAUUGUAAUAUUCAGUUCUCUUAGGAUAUUCAAAGGUAACUGGGAAGAUACUGAUAUGAGAUCCAACAUUGUUGUCGAAUUCCCGAGCGGGACCUCUGAAUUCUCGGGAAAUGGGCCCAAUUUUUUAAUCUGAUU